AUGGGAGGUACUCCGGUUUAGGGACCAGAUGUGAGAGAGAGAGGAGGGGUACAAACUCAUCCAGACAACGGCUACAAAAUGCUUCCUGGUCAACGAGUUUGUUCAAAACAAACUGUAAAAGUUGACGGCUCGGACCUACCGAUUGAAUGCUUCUACUUUUAGCGUCGAAGGAGAGUGUGACCGAGCAGCUGAAGAAAGAGAUACAACCCAUACAGAAACUGCAGUAACAUAAACACCCCACUUUUGACCCUCGCCUCGACUGAUUUUCCAAAGACCAAAGGCCACACAGGUGGCAUUUUGUUUCACACAAAGGCUGACUGACAAAUGACGCCAUUAACGAAGGCAGAGUGUGAGCGGACGGGCCCGGGGUCUGCGCGGCUCCACUGCUUUCUCUGCCUGUAAAGUGUGCUGAGCACCCCUCCGCUCAGCGCUAAGCUGCCUGUGCGUCAGCGCCCGUCUCCCACAGCUGAGAGAUACAAAGAGACCUAGUCUGAGAGAGACCGCUACAGUCAUGAGGCUUCCCCUUGUAUUGGCUCCACAGCAUUGCUCUUGAGGUCUACUUUGCUCUGGUGCCAGAUCAGCCGUUCACAAUGGAAGUAAAGAGAUGAGCCUGCAGCGAGCAGCCCUGUCCGUGCAGUUCCUGCCACUGGAUGUUUACUGAUUCAUACCACCCAGAAGACGGUGCCCCUGUCUCCCAGAUCACUUCUGGGGACCAGGCCUUCACAGCACGCAUUGUGCACCAUGGCAGGAGAGACUCAGCGAAUGCAUGCUGUCAAAGAGCUGGCCGCUGAGUCCAAACUGCAGGAUGAAGGGACAGCGCUGGAACAGCAGAGUGACAAAACCACAAAGGAGUCUCCAGAGCACUUUUCAAGCACAGGCACUGAGGCCAGAGCCAGCAGCAGAGGGGCCAAAGUUGAAAAACUAGAGAAGGGAAGGGACUGUCCUCAGCAGCGUGAGGCUGUCAUUCGGCCACAGCAGACAGGGAAGAUUGACUUUAGCUCACUGCAGAACCGGUCAAAAUUUGCCACUGACAGGACUUGGUCGAGUGGCAAAGGCAGCCCCCAGUCCCCGAGUGGAAAGGGCCGCAGCCGAGAGAAGGGGAAGCGGUCAGGGAAGACGGAGCGCGCCAACCCACAGCAGCUGUACAGACUUAGCAUCACAAAUCCACGCUCCAACCCCACCAUUGGUAUUGCCUACCCACAGCAGAAGGUUGCACCACCCAAGAAGUUGGAGACCAGUCGUGGCCCAGUCUCGGGCAGCUACAGAUUCCACGUUCCUAGUAUACCAGAGAGAGAGGCCGAACUACAGCAAGAAGAGCUCAACUAUAGCCGCUGCUUCCAGGAGGCCUCCUCUAACCUUACCUCUCCAAGCUAUACCUCACAGGCACUGGGUUCCUCAAGUGGAACGUUACCCCACCCACAUCCAUCCCUGUCACAGCAGCAGCAGCCUGCCUCAAUGGAGAACAACAGCACACAGCCCGGCAGCCAGCUGAUCCUGGCUGACUUUCAGCUGAGUGGCUCUAAUGUAUGGCAGUCUCCUGAAAGGACUUUUAAUGGUGCUAACUAUGGGGUGUCAUCACAAAAAUCCACUGCCCUUACAGAAUCUAAUAAGACAAGUGCCUUUGUGCCUGGUCCAUUUCAAUAUGGAUAUCAUUUUCUGGAGGAAUCAACCUCGGACUCAUUUCCCUGUGAACAGAACCCCCAAUCCCAAGACUUUACAGACUCCUCGCUAGGUUCUGUUCAUGUGACCCACAACUCGUUUUCCUUUACACCUGGAGAAGGGCAAAACAUUGCUCAGAACAGCACUCAAUUCAGUAAUGAACAGCAGCCGGAGGAUAGAAGCUCUUAUCCUCUACCCCCGCAGUCACAGUUUAUUCAAGGGGUAACGUCCUCCAUCCAAUGUCCUAGGAAUCUGAGUGAGGACUCAGCCAGUAGUGACAGCUCUGGCUCCAGCUCACAGCAGUCAGAGCAAGGAAAGACUGUCCUGCCUGAGAGCACAGACACUAUUGCACAGGCAGACAGUAGGGAUGCAGCCAUCACCCCGGGGAGUAAGAGGAACUGUCACCCCAAAGACACAGCUGCAAACCAAAGAACGCUCAUUCAAGGAAGUGUGCACCAUGCAAGAAAUAUUUCAGGUCCAGGCUCCCAAAUGCACUUUCCCAGCAAAACCUUUAACAACCCUCCAGUCAGUAACAUUCACACAGGCUCCAUACCUUUUGAUAAAAACAUCAAUAAUAAGGUUCUAAAUAGGUUACCGCACUCAUGGGAUGGGCCUAAUAAGACAUAUUCACCAGCUGAUCAAAACACAAUUCAGUAUACUGAUAUGAAUGACAAGUUUCAGUUUCAGAACCAACCAGCACUUGAUCAAAGGCCAAAUUCAUCUAAAAAUAGCAGAAUGACCUGGCAGCAGAUACGGCCAACCUCUGCCAUACCAAACCAAAACAGAAUUGAGUUGUCUAGGCAAAUAAGCAAUCAAAAAUUGGCUUACAUGGUUUCCCCUUCUGACUGGAAGGAUGAAAGUAAAUCACAUAAACACAGCUCCCUAAAAAACCCUAGCUCAUUUCAGAACAGCAGAACCAGUGAGGGGUUUUCAAACCAAAGACAGGAGACUGUAAAACAUAGCAGUAAUACAGUCUCUACUUUUAAAGUAGAGAUGAGCCAUGCACAAGUAUGUGAAUCCAAAAAUAAAGCGGUAUAUUUUGGACUCAACCAGUCUCUUUCAGCAGCAUCAAGAAACUACAGCUAUCCUCCAUUACAGGUCCCACCUAUGGGACUUAUAAUGGUGUCGCCUUAUGAAUCUCCUUUGCCCUCACCAGUUCACAACCCUGCAUCCAGUAGUACCUGCUCUUCCCUCUCCCCAGCAUCCACCAGUCCUGUGAACAUCAGUUCAGAGGACAGUCAAAUGUCAAAGUCAGCACCCCCUCACCCGUUUUAUCACCAGCCCCAAGCCAAGACACAGUUACCUUCAGAUCACCUGAGCUCUCACCCACAUCAGUUUCAUUCUGAUGCUCCACGAAACCUUCCUUACACGCCUGACAGAGCCAAAGAUGACAUGAUGAGCUACCUGCAAAACAACACACAUCCAAAGACUAUUAUGGAUGGAAACAAAGGUUACAUGGACAGUUUUGGGGUGGAGCAUCACCAGCCACCACCACCGUACUCUGCACAUCAGCUGUUGGCGACCUCAUUAGCUGCAGCAAAUCUUGACCAGUUAGAUGUGCUUCUGACAUGCAAGCAGUGUGAUCAGAAUUUCAACAACCUGGCUUCUUUUCUAGGCCAUAAGCAAUACUGUGCUCAGCAUACGUUUGCACAAAAUGACCUCAAAGACAUAUCAAAGAUGGAGGACAGCAGAAAGUUUCAUGCAGAACCAGCAAAAGCAGUGUCAUCUGUGUCGAGUGUUUCGAUGUCAAGGUGCCCAUCUGACCUCCACCUAUCUCUGUUGGGCCUCAAUAAAAAUGGAGAACUGAUAUGUGAUAGUGAAACAAAAGGAGACAAGGAUGAUCCAAUGAAAAUCAACUUGUUCUCUGGUUCUGGUAACCUUCCCGUCCCUCUGCCUGAGCUUGAAAUCGAGGAUGCCAAAUUAGACAGCCUAAUCACAGAAGCCUUGAAUGGACUGGGAUAUCAGUCAGACAACGCAGAGAUAGACAGUAGCUUUAUCGAUGCGUUUGCUGAUGAUGACCUCACCACUGUCAAAGCAACAUCAAACAAACAAUGCCUGAAAACCAAAGAAUCCCUGGUCUUUGAGAGCAAAAAUAAACAAGCGGGAGAGGAUGACAGGUCUUUCACACAGGGAAAGUAUUUUUAUGACUCUGAUGUUGAGAACCCUGAGACAGAUAAACAGUACACAGAAAGCAAACUUGAGAAAAUAUCUCUGAAUUUGGAACAAGAUGAGAAAAUUAACAUAAAAAAAGAAGUCUCUCAUAAAAAUUCAAGAAAUGCCUCGAGGGAGAAGACAAGGGAACCAGACAACAAAGUGAAAGAAACAAAAAAACUGUGCAAGAGUGAGGAUGAAAACACAAGUACACAAAGGUUUCUCUUAUCAAGCAAGUUUUCUGAGCGCUGUGGUGUUAAAAGCUUUCAGGACAGCUCUGCACUUCGAGGGUCAACACCCUCACAUGCCUCGACAUCUCCAACCUCAAGAACUGCAGUGAAAGAGAGCAAGAGGAAAAGCACUGGAGGGGGCACCUGGAGCAAAGAACUUAUUCACAAAAUAGUUCAACAGAAAAAUAAGCUCCAUAAGCUCCAUGUUAAAGGUACUAAAAACCUCCAGUUUUCCUUAGUGAUGGAGAGACUGACUCCCACUGUACAGAACCCUGCAUUUGGAGAAUAUGACUAUGUCUCGGACUCAGAUGAUGAAUGUGAGCCUGUUAAGAUAGCAAGCCAAGGCCGGCUGAAUCAAAGCAGCCGGUGUAAAUACACAUACACCAAAGAGUGCAAAUGGCGAGCAAGAAGUGAGAGGGACCAGGCAGCAUGGCGACAUGAGUCGAAGGAGUGUUUUGAGGUGAAAAAAAGUGAGGAUGUUUCUCUCUCACCUGAGAAGCAUGGUUCUCACCAGAGACUCAGGAGGAGGGGUAGCAGAUCAUCCACAAGCAGUGAACUCAGCACAUCUGUGAGCGUUUCAAGCGAUAGUAUCAACAGCCCCAAAAGCACUGACCGCACUGACUCAGACUGUGAGAAGAAGAUAGACAUCAAAAAGAAAGAGUCUCCAGAGCAGAAAACCUAUGAAAGGUCCUCCCUGCAAAAGUUAUGUAAAGACUCCAGCACACUAGCACUGACAUUCACUAAAUCUGUCAAGAAGUAUAAUACCGACAAAGCUAUUCUGUCCGAUAACAAAGAGAGUACAGAAGAUCCAAAGAAGAAUCAUUCAAAUCCAGAGAUUGCUGAUUCAGAGUCAUCUUCGCAAAAAGCAAAAGACACACUCAAAAACUCUCACAGUCAAAAAUCAAGAGAGAAGCUGGUGUCUCCCAGAAAAGAAACUGGCACAACAGUCACUUCAGACAGAAACACUCUUGAGAGAACAGACUUUCUGUGCCCCAAAGAAGAACCAACACAGCUUUUCAGUACAGAUAGCAAGCCACUACAGUUUGAUUCAAACUCUCCCACCAUUAACAAAGAAACUGAUUUCCAAGUUGACAGAAACACAAAGGGCAAACGAAGCAAGGGGCCCCAAGCCACACAGCCAGAGCUAUCAGACAGUGACAGUGCCUGCAUAGUGAAAGAGGCUAUUUCUUUAGUCAAUGACCUAGACGCCCACAAGCCUGCAUCUCUUUGCACCUCUUUGAUGGAUGAGGUGUGCCUAUCUCCAACUGAAAGCCAAGGCCCGUUGAUGCAAAAAGAUACGCUCCACCUCAUGCCCUACCCCCUGGAUCAGGAACAGGGGCUCUUGAAAUCCCCACUUUCAUUUGACACGUCAUCAAUGUUCGGGGAUCUCACAGGAUUUGACAGUGGGCUCUACUCAGAUAUGCCAAUUCAAAAAGACAGUUUCCAUUCAAUAGAGAACACAGCUGAUAAAAAGGAAGAGUUUGUGUCGUCCUUCUCUCCCUUUCUGGAACAAAGAGACUGGAACCUUAUAGUUAGCCCCGUACUGCCAGAUGAGAUAUCUCAGUACAAAGGCAGCUCUGAGAAAUCAAAUGAAAAGAAACCAGAUUACAAUCACGUUCCUUUGUCUGUGCCACAAAAAAUAAUCGACUACAGUUCAAAUCUCAACAGCUGCGCAUCAGAGGAUGAACUAGAGAUAAAAAGAAUAGUGAAUGAACUUGAAAACCAGCUGCAGACAACUAAGUUGGAAAUCCCACCUUUACUAGCUCAGGAUGUUCCCAAGCAGCUAAAAAUGAGCAAAUUUUCACCUUUACGUCUGAGUGAUGAGUCAGAGAGUGGAGACACUGGUCUGAAUAUGAGGUGCCCUGUGCAAACCAUCGAUGUACCAGUGACCAGUUUGCCCUCAGAGCCUUUUACUGAACCAUGGUCCAGUCCAUUCCAGUUUGAGCUAAUAGGUGGACACCACAGUCCCCACACUCCAAUUCACAAUGAUCCAGGAGCACUUGAACAUUUAACUGAAAAAGAGGAUGAUGCGCCAAGUUUUAUCACCACAGCCUCACAAAUUGAACACCCACAGCUCCACCAUGACCAGAAAUCAGUGGAAAGAAACGCUGAAAAAGAGACUCCAGUUAAAACAAAGGAAGAGAUUUUAGAACAGAAGAGAUAUGCAGAAAAUCUCAUGAAAAGCCUGGAGGUCAUUUCAGACUCUAUAUUCAAAAAAGAACCUAUUAUAUCAGAACACAAGGAGCCGAAUGUUAGCUCUCUCAAAAGUCAACAACAUCAAGACAGUGAAUGUCAGGCAAGUGAUGCAGUUGCGAGAGAAGAUCACAGCGAAAAGGAAGCAAUUACCGGGAAGGAGAAUAUAUUAUCACCUCCAAAUAUCAAUGAGCAGAAGCAUGAUAUUGAAUUCAUUCUGAAUGAGUCACAGUCAUGUCUCUGUAACAGCACUGACCCCACACUCAAUGGAAACCAGCUAAUUUCAUCACAGCCAAGUGAGCCUACAGAAAACAAUGAUAGCAAGGCGGAGACAAAAGUCACAUUAGAGGAUGAUAUCACCAAGAGUAGUUCCAGCGGGAACAGUAAUGCAGCAGACAAUGUGAAUCUGUUAUUUAAAAACAGUAGUGACGGUCCAGAACAUUCGACCACAGACGGCUAUGAGAAAGCCGAGGCAGUGACGGGAAUCACUGGUCAACCUGUCAGCCAUAUUUUAACAACAGCUCCACCUGACGACGAUCUAGACUGUGGUGAGAAAAUCCAGGGUGUGAUUAAAACAGCAGUGGAAGAACAAUCCACUGACAACCAUGAGAAUGCUGGAGACAUUAGUUCGUCACAUGCUGAUGAAUUAAAAGUGGAGUGCUCAGUCAGGGUAAACAAGGAAACAACAGCAGAACAAGAUCCCUUGAUUGCACUAUCUCCAUCUCAAAACUGCAGCCCUGCGAAGACUUACAGUGCAAGUCCAACAACUGAUCUGUCGCUGGAGAUAUUCACCACAGACACGCCCUGCAGUCCAAUACUGGUGGAAACCAAUAUAGAGAGCAUUAGUCAUUGCUCACACUUCCAAGACACCCAGUCCAUAGAGGGACAAAGUAGUCUGUUGAUUCUUUCACAAUCUGAUGGAAUUAUUGACAGUGAAUCCUGCAAGGUUACACCAUUUAAUGACUCGUUAAAAUCUGACACCAGUCUUGCCUUUCAGAAACAAGAAGAGAUUUUAAAUGUGCAGGACAUCAAAGAACACCUUCCCAUUGAUUUCAUGGCAAGUCAUCAAAACUCACCAUGCAGAGAAGAGGUGGAAGAAAGUCACUGUCUUUUUCUACACACUGCCCCACCAACCAGUCCUCUUUUAUCAACCUCUCAUCAAACGCCCUUGCAGAAAUGGAACGUGGAAGAGGAUCCAUGUCAGUCACAAAGCAAAUGUAGUGACAUGUCUGUUGAACAAGGCUCAAUUGAAAAUAAGCAAUCCCCCAUAAACAAAGAAGAAAACGGCAACGUCAAAGAGGCUUCAAACAGUGGCGAACAACUGGACACCACAGCCGAGAUGGAGUAUUCUUUGAUAAGCCCACCUCCCCUGGAUUUGGGGAUCAUAGAGUGUAAAAUCCCCAGCUCUGAAACCACCAUUCCCUCUCCACUUCCUGUGACCACCUCAGCAGAACCACCUCAAGUGUCAGAUGGCCUUGAAAAGAGAGAUCCGAUGUAUGAUAUCAAGCUCAGCCCUCUCAAUUAUGACAGCAUCUCAGAAAAACCUCCACAACUGAAUCAAUAUGACUACAUACCAAUCUCCCCUGCCAGUAAACCUGAAGAGAAUCCAGACGUCAAGCAGAGUCCCAGAGAUGACUGUGGAUCAUGUAAUCUGAGCGUUAACCCUGCACUGAUUUUUAACAAAACUGAAAUAGACACAGUGGUAUCACUGAACUCAGAUCCUGCAGCUAAACUGAAUUUAUCAGAUGACCCACUGGUCCUCCAGCAGAGUAUGAAAUUCACGUGUUUUUCGUUGGGCCUUUCACCUGAAAUCAAAAGCAAAGAUUCCUCAGCUGGUAAUGUAAAGACAGACUCAGUGGUUUGCCAUGAUCCAGUUGGACCUGUUGAGCAUUUGCAUAUUCCUUCUGACCUUCUGAGAAAAGAGAAAUCAGAGAAUGUAGAUUCUCACGAGGCUUCUGCUGAGGACAGUACACUUAUCAGAAAAGACAUUUCAGAUGGUCCGCCCACUCAUAAGCUCCUCGUCAUCUGUGAAAAUGAACAAAAGCCUCUUCCACCAGAACCAUCAGAGAAGCAACCAACGACAGAGACUGGCCAGUGUUCAACGUCACAUCCAGCACACAAAGAAAUAGCACACAAAAAGACACAGAACAACGCUCCACAGGGGAAAGUGCUCUGUGAAAUCUGCCUCAUGUGUUUCAGGACUGUGCCUGGGUUAAAGAGACAUAAAGCCAUGAAACAUUUGGCCAGAAGUGAAAAACACAUUGGCCCGCAGAGCACAACAUCGAGCCAUCAGGGCACUAUGCUUAUUUAUGAAGCAUCACAAACUACAGAGAAAGAACAUAAAGAUGAUUCACAGACCUGUUACCCAACAAAAAUAGAUGGGCUGCCUGAGACAAGUAGCACUCUCAUAUCUAAAGCAGCAGAGACUGAGUCAGUCCUGGAGGAAAUGGUAACUGAGACAAAUGCAGUGGGCCAUCAAAACCCUCUCCUGCCAACAAAAGCAAAGAAGAACAACAAAGCUAGAAAGAACAAAAACAGUGAGGUAAACACGAAGUCCGACCCUUUCUCUGAUGAGCUUCUGAAUAUAAUAAAAACAGACAUACUUCAAGCUAUAACUCCUGAAUUCAAAAACAGUGGACUACAAGAGCUCCGCAGAUCUCCAGCCGACCAGGUGAAAAUCAGUGACAGAACUGUUACAGAGAAAUCCCCUCACCGUAUUACUUCAAACUCUGGCUUUGGCAAUACAUCCCAAUCUCCAACAAAAGAGACAAAUAAUGAAACUGUGGAGCUAAAUCAAAUCACUGAUGCGGAAGAAAUUAAAUGUGCAAGCAUAACAGAGAUGGCAAAUGGGGAAGUAUGUUUAGACAAUAAUGUGGAAAAUGCUACAUCUGUAGACAAGGAUACAAUCAGAGAAUAUGAGGAGCCCAGUAAGACGAUGUGCACUGUGGAAGAGAUGUGUGAACAGAAAGGAUCAGAAGAGAGCAUUGCCCAAGAGAUUCUUAAAAAAGUGGCAGCCGUUGAGAUGCAGUGUGAGAAAAACUGUGGCCGCUCGGACGAGGCACAUCUUCUCUCCUGUUUGAAUUGUACCCCUCUCAGUCCUGCCGGCAUAAGUCCCGAACUGAAGGCCUUGCUUGACGACGACACCACAUUCUCACAGCUGUUCCCCAGAGAUGAGGAGGCAAAAAGGAAAAAGUGCCCAAGGGUGUACAGCAAAAGAAACAAAAGACAGAAGCAAUCGCCCGAUUCAAACAUGACUCAGGACUACCCUCCUUCAGAAACCUUCAUGCUGAGUAAAGAUCAGUACAUGAAAGACCAAGCAGAGCAGACGUUCACUGACAAUCAAACUAACUGCUGUGAAUAUGAGACAAUAUCUAUCGAUGAUGCCAUAAUGUUGAAUAUGUGCCACAACAGUACAUUAAAGACUGAUGUCAAGGAGUUGUCGGAUGUUAACCAAAGUAAUCAGCAGGAUGUUCAUGAGAAUGUUAAAGAGGUUGGCAAGAGCCCCUUCAGUCCACUUGAGAGCACUGUUGAUAAAUCUUCAAUUGAAUGGAAUGGCUCCAGGGACUUCAGUGGCUUGGAUGCUGGCUCAAUGGUGACCUCUGACCCCAGCACCUGUAAGGCAGAAGAGCUAACUGCACCCAGCCCUCUUCCCCUGCCCUCUGCCCCCCACACUGUAGAGCCAUGUGUCACAAAGAGUGCCCAAACCUUCCACAGCAUUGACAUCCAAAACAUCAAUACCACAUUUCAACUUCCUGAGAUUCAGUUUUUUGACUCUAAAGAUAUCUCAGUGAUUCCUCCUAUUGCAACUGCUGAUGUGGAGAACAGAGAUGAUGAAAAGUCCAAGAAAGUGACGGAGCGGCGCGGCAGGAAACGGCAAGAUGGUGGAAUAAAGGUCAAAGACAAGCAGUACAAGUGCAAAGUGUGCUUCACAUGGUUCCUCACCCUGGGCGAGCUAAACUUUCACAAACUCUCCCACAACCCCUCUCCACCUCCAACCUGCUACAUGUGUGUCCAGCGUAAGUUCAGCUCCAGGGAGCAACUGAGAGACCAUCUGAGGGAGAAACAUGCCAAGAAUAAAACUGGUAUCUGGACCUGUGGAAUGUGCUUGAAGGAGAUAUCAGAUGUGUGGAUGUACAAUGAACAUUUACGAGAGCAUGCCACUCAGUUUGCCCGGAGGGGUCAGACUCAAGGCUCCAUGUUAGGUAUUCCAGGCUGCUUCAUGCAGGAGACAGCCGUGAAGAACUUUAUCACCUCAAUCAUGCAGCACCGCCCCAGCAAAGCUAACAGAGAAUCCAGCAAAGCCACUAAAGAACAGGAAAAAGCUGUUGCUGCAGACAGUGCUGUGGGAGAGGGGAAAAUCUCUGAAGGGGCUGAGCCAAAAGUUCACAAAACUAAAAGCAGCAGUGGAGCAAAUGGCAAGCAGAGCGCAUUAACCCCACUUGAGGUCCUCCACAAAACAGAGACACCUAAAAGUGUGGAGAUGCAUCCCAACUGCAAAGACCCCUCAAGAGACUGCCACCACUGUGGAAAACAAUUCCCCAAACCAUUUAAACUGCAGAGACAUUUAGUGGUUCACAAUUUGGAAAAGAUUUUCCUGUGUCACAAAUGCCCCGUCUCUUAUCAGGAAGCCCAGGAGCUCAAAGGCCAUCUGAAGAGAGCACACGAGGAGGUGGAUGAGCUGGAUUCAAAACACACCACCCUCUACACCUGUGAGCUCUGUGCUGAUGUCAUGCACGUGAUUAAAAAAUCCUUCAUCUGCAGCACAUGUAACUACACCUUCUCUAAGAAGGAGCAGUUUGAUCGUCACAUGGAAAAGCACCUGUCAGGGGGGAACAAAAUUUUCAAAUUUCGAGGUGUUCUCAGACCUGUCAAAGUAUCUGCGUCCAAAGAAGAUGAAUGUGAUUUGCCCGCGAGUAAGAAGAGGAGAAUUCUCUCCGACAGUCUGCAAGAAAACAGCUCAGACAGCGGCAUCGCCAGCGUAAGCUCAGUGCACUUAAAUCAAAACUUGGAGUCUUCAAAACCCUCUGUGUCCACAGCCGACGACUCCACACAGACCAUCGCAAAUGAAUACCACAGUGACACAAACAAUACAAAUGUGAAGACUGAGGACAUUGUUGAGGACUACUCUGAACUACUUGUAGAGCUGGAUAAAUGUAUUUAUAUGGGCUCUUCGGUGUCUGCUACACCCAAGAAAGAGGUACUUGAUCAUACCACCUCACCUCUACUUGAUAAAGAGAACAAUGGAGAAUCAAUUACUGAACCAUGUGACGUGAAAGAGGAGAAUGAGUCAGUCUGCAUUAGAGCAGAGACAGCCUCAUGGCCAGCGCCUAAAGAGAGUAGUAGUGCAGGAGGGGAGGAGCCUCUCAAGCCUGAGGAAGCCUCUGCAGGAGGUGACACAGCUGAGGCUGAAAAAAGAACAGAUUCACUUCCACCUAGUGAGGACUCUUUUGUCAGCUUAAAAGAAAAUCCAAUCAUUUCAAAGACACCUGAGUCAAAGCAUGAAUUAGCUGCUGAUGUAACGGAACAAUCGAGGGAUGAUGAGCAGUGGCAUCACGCGUUAAAAGCUCCCAAUAAUGACAGCAAACAGCUGGCUGUAUCUCAAGAUGCUGAGCAGGAAGGUAGCAGUCCGAUGAAAGACAAAGUUGCCGCGGCCAAAAUAACUGACAACACUAAAAAUGGCACUACAGCUAGCAGCACGAAGGCUACAGAGUCCACACCAGUCCUCCACUCCAAGGUUUCCCUCAACGCUUCAGCCUCAAAUGAGGAAAAAGAAUCCAUGAGACCACAGAAGAAGAGGAAAGAUAUGAAAUCCCCCCACAGCCUGCAAAGGGUUUCCUCUCCAGCCACACAAGAGAACUUUGGUGUUGACUCUCGAGCAAAAAAGAAAUUUCGCCCCAGCAAGUGUGCAAAUCCCUCUGUGCAAAGGAAAUCAGAUGGACCCAACGACUACCCUGUGCUGUCCUCAGUGCGGGACGACGUUGUUAGCAACAAAAUCGUUUCCAAGUGCAAGACUUCAAACUUGGGUUUGCAGUCAAAAAGAAGCUUGCUCGACAGCUGUACACAAAAGAAAGCUGAGAUUGUGACUCCUCUUAACGGGGAUUACAAAGCCAAAAAGGGACCUCUGGGGCGGCCUUUGCAUCACCCUAUUUCUAAAGUGUCUUCAGUUCCCAUGAACAAUUCUUUGAAUAAAUGUAGGCCAAAGAUGGGGGUUAGGUCAAUGGAGAGCCAUUCCUACAGGACAGCAGAGUCCCAGAACCACCUCCUAAGCCAGCUGUUUGGCCAAAAACUCACUAGCUUUAAGAUUCCUUUAAGAAAGGACACAUCAGAAUCUAUUAACUGAGUGGGAUGUGAGGGAUCUGUGAAUAAGAGACUGUAAAUUUCACAGUUAUAAAUUUUUAAGACAAUUCAUUAUGGUGAAUGAGAUUGAACAGCUGUUUUCUGUGAAAUGCUAUCUUAAAAUACUUACAUAGUCACUUUAUGUCUUCUUUGUACAUGUGUUUUUUAUUACACAAAUGUGAGGACAAAUGGCAGAUAUGAAUUUUGGGUCAAAAAUGAAUAUGCUAGUUGGGAAAACUAUUGAACUUUUGUUCUGCUUUUCCUUUGUUGGAUAGUAUCUGUUUCAGAGAUUAUAUUUACAUUUACCUAAAGGAAAGAAAAAAAAAGAAUACUUGAAAAUACAGUAAAAUAUUUUCUUCUAAGAAAUGCAUGUUCUCUUUGCAUUUAUUCUUAUCCGUUUAAGUCUUUCUGCAAAAGGACCAAAUGACAUCAUAACUGACCUGGACUAUUGUCUGUGCACCUUUCCUAAAUGCUUCCAACAUAUUCAUUUUGUUUUAUUUUUGAACUUUACUGUACUGCAUUGACAUUCACCAUAUUAGCCUUCUGUAUAAACAUUACCUGGUGCUACAUUGUGUUUUAUUGUAAUGUGAAUGCCAAUGUCCUCAGAAGGGAACCUGAGCUCUGUAGCAGUUACAGUACAUUCAUCGGACUAUGUUUCACUGAUUCUCUGUAGUUUAUUAAAAAUACUGUGUAAUGCACCCAAGUACUUCAUAUGUAGGCUGUUUGAACACAAAAUUAGGAAAGCUUCCAUUGUAUAAACUCAGGUGCAUACAAGGGCAUCACAGUCCCAAGACCUGUAUUCGGAGUUCUUCCCAUGCACUGAUAAUAACACACACAAAUCAUAAACUCAAUCAUCUGUGUUUGUAACUCCAACUGUUUAAUUAUUAAUAGUAUUUACUACUACAACAAAGGUGCUUUGUCUUGUUUAUACUGUAUGUAUCUUACAUUGUACAAUAUUGUAGGUAGAUUGUUUUUUGGUGUAAUGCUUCAUGACAAAGUUUUAUUUUAAUAAUGUGCAAAAGAAGAGUGAGACGAAAGGGAAAUACAGUGCCUCUUGCAAGUUGUAAAGUGGUUCACUAAGUGCCUCUUUUAUAGUUGGUUAUUAAAGAAAUGUUUUGGUCUCUC